GUGGCAGCGGGGAUAGUAAGUAGUAGCUGCAUAGGAAUAGCAAGUUGUUGUUGUUGUUGUUAAAGUGGUGGUGGUUCUGGUUUCAGCCAUGAUGGCAGCAACAACACUAGCAGCAGCUGGCGCUCCGUGCCUCCUUUUCAGACGGAUCUCCCUUGGAUUGCGGGCCCAAGAGAUGGAAAUGAAUUUGUGACUAGUUGACAUCUCGUGUGCGAAGAAUCAACACCACACCACCAUACUAGUGAAAACGACCAAAGAAAGACACUGAGGCCACAAAACGCCACCUCCUUUCGAAAGGACCGAGGACUGAGAUUUUCUCCAAGCAUAACAGGCUCCCUCUCCGUGUCUCCGUGUGGGUUGUUCGUGCUCCGUGCUCGGUGCUCCGUGGAUGGAUGUGUUUGUCCCUUCAUCUGCGCGUGUCCCCUGAUGUGGGUGACCAAAGAUGAAGAGCUUCUUCCCGUGUUGGUUGGUCGUGGCUGGACUGAGCAGCCAAGUGAUUGUGGCACCCAUACAAAUGGCACAGGCUCUGCCGGACAUUAUCAAAAUUGGCGGUCUCUUCGAUUUGGCCGAAAGCAAGCAAGAAGUGGCAUUCCGUUACGCAGUGGAAAGGGUCAACACGAACCGAAAGAUUCUCUCAAAGUCCUUGCUCUCGGCGCAAUUGGAAAAAAUCCCGCCCCAAGAUUCCUUCCAUGCAACAAAACGGGUCUGUCAUUUGCUGCGCUCCGGUGUGGCCGCCCUGUUUGGACCCCAAUCGGGAACCACUUCCAGUCAUGUCCAAUCCAUUUGUGACGCCAUGGAAAUUCCACACAUCGAGACCCGUUGGGAUUAUCGGCUCAAGCGAGAUGACUACUCGGUGAAUUUGUAUCCACAUCCCCAGUCCAUCAGCAAGGCUUACGUGGAAUUGAUUGAGAGAUUCAAUUGGAAAUCAUAUACUAUACUUUACGAGGACAAUCAAGGCUUGGUGAGGCUCCAGGAACUUCUCAAAUCUCCCACCCAGUCCGAUGUAAGAAUCGUGGUGCGGCAGCUUCCUAACGACGACGAUUACAGGUCGCUGUUGAAGGAUGUAAAGAAAUCAGGGGAGAUUCAUAUCGUCCUAGAUUGCUCCACCGAAAAGAUUCAAACAGUCUUAAAGCAAGCCCAGCAAGUGGGCAUGCUCACAGCGUAUCAUAAUUAUCUCAUUACCAGUUUGGAUCUUCAUAUGGUGAAUUUGGAAGAGUUCAAAUAUGGUGGAACAAAUAUCACGGCAUUUCGCUUAUUGGAUCCCGAACGGGAGGAACUGAAGCAAGUGGUCCAAGAUUGGAUCGACGGCGAGAUGAGGUACAGCCGAAGCAAAGAUACCAGUAAUCCGUUCACCAAGGGCAUGAACCAAAGUCUUCUUAAGACUGAGACUGCCCUGAUCUACGAUGCCGUUCACUUAUUUGCACAAGCCUUGCACGAUCUAGAUCAUUCGCAAGAUAUCAACACAAAGCCACUUUCGUGCGAUGGGUCCGAAACCUGGCAACAUGGCAAUUCCUUGGUUAAUUACAUGAAGCUCGUCGAGAUGCAAGGCCUCACGGGCAAGAUCAAGUUCGACCAACACGGCCUCCGGACGGAUUUUGAGCUGGAGAUUACGGAACUCAAAAAGGACGGCUUGGUUAAAGUUGGAACUUGGACAGAAAAAGGAGGGAUUAACUUUACCCGAAACUACACGGAGAGCUACUCAGAGAUCGUCGAGAGUCUGCAGAACAAAACUCUUAUAAUUACCACACUUUAUAGCCCACCCUAUUCCAUGUACCGGGAUUCAACCAAGCGUUUAACCGGUAACGACGUCUUUGAGGGAUAUGCCAUCGAUUUGAUCAAAGAAAUCGCCGAGAUCCUUCGCUUCAAUUACACAUUCAAAUGGGUGGAUGAUCAGAAAUAUGGAAAACGCAAUCAAGAGACCGGAGAGUGGAAUGGAAUGAUGGGCGAGCUCUUGGCACAGUUUCUACUGGCACUUUGUGCUCUCAACGUACCCGAAAGAAAGCCCCAGUUGAUCCUGACUCUACGCUUCCGGAUGGGAAUGGCCUGCCUGAUUGCCGUUUUUGAGUUCAUCUGGAAGUCUCGACGCCUCACUCGACAAAGCAAUAGCGCUGGUUUGUGGCGAGAAAUGGCCAAAGAAGCCCAUUCCAAUUUCUCCUCCAAUGGAAUCAAGCACAACGUCGCCCAAGCCUCUCACAGGCAGAUCAACAAUGAUAUUCAAAAAAGAUCCAACACUUCCCCGCCAUCGACACAAAAACAUGUCGCUCCAGGCAAAUCCAAUCGAGAAACUCACACGGGUCCUUGCGGUUCUCAAGGCUCGGCCACGUGCUUUGUCCCAUCGGAGCCGAAUCUCUCUCGAAGCGUCGACUCCAAACUCAAAAAACCGCAUUCAAGCUCGGCGGCUCCCUCACCAAUCAGGAAUGGCUCGAAUUUUCAAACUGUUCAAAUUUCAAGUAGCAAUAACUUAAAUCCUAAUGAGGACGCUCUGAGGAGUGGGCACACCCACGAAGAAGCUGCCCCCUUCUGUACAUAUCAUCGUCAAGUGGAACAGAAUCGUUACUUUCAUGAGCAACGCCAUCACAACACCAAGAACCACGACAAUGACUAUGACGACGACAACGACGAAGACAGCGACCAAUUUCAGCAAAACCAUUCCUUGUACGAGGAACAUCGACGAGGAGGCCAGCCGCUCAAUUUGAUGGUUUGGGAGUGAUCAAGUUUCCUCAUCAUUGUCACCGUUGUACUCUCCUGUCUCAUGUUGGUCUAAAUCCUUUUGAUACUACCAAUACAAACAACACCUCUGUAAUCAACGUGAUUUUAAU